CUUAAAGAUUUUUGAUUCUCUUCCCCUAAUCAAUUUCUCAGUAAUGAAGAUUGAUCCUAGGAACUGAGUCAUACUCUGUUUUCAAUUUCAUUAACAUUUCAAGCCAUUGUAUGCUUCUGGAUUUGGUUUUUUGCAAUUUAGGACUUUUUCUGCAAUCUAGUGAUUAUGAAGCAAAACAAUCUGUAAUCUUUAUACCAAUUGGUUGAAGUUGAAUUUUUUGGAUGUGAAUGAGUCUAAUGGAUCUUAUUGGUCCAACUUGUUUCUGGAUAUUUGGAUGUAUUUAUCUUGUUUUGUUGCUUAAUGAUUGUGAAGCACCAGCCUUUUAGCAUAUGUGAUGUUCAAUUCUGAUCUUUAUAAGCAGUUGGAAUGUGAAAAGAUAUUUACUUUAAGGUGUUUUUGAAGCAGCAAUCAUGAGAUUCAACAAGGGAACUAAAGUCGAAGUGUUGAGCAAAUCAUCGGUUCCAUCUGGCGCCUGGCGGUCUGCAGAGAUCAUAUCAGGAAAUGGGCAUUACUACACUGUCAUGUAUGAUCAUAAUGAUGGUACAGAGAGGGUACCGAGGAAGAGUAUGAGGCCUGAGCCUCCUCGUUUACAAGUUCUUGAUGCUUGGUGUCCUGGUGACAUUCUUGAGGUUUUCCAAAGUUGUUCGUGGAAGAUGGCAAUCGUUUCCAAGGUUUUAGGAAACGGUUGUUUCUUGGUUAGAUUACUUGGUUCCUCACUGAAGUUCAAGGUGACUAAAUCCGAUAUUCGGGUUAGACAAUCUUGGCAAGAUAACGAGUGGAUCAUGAUUGGACAGGGUACAUCAAGAUUAAGCGCACAGACUUCAACAGGAGAACUAAGGAGAAAGGUGAAUCCGAAAGGCGACUACAUUUCAUCUGAGAGCAAAGACAAGCUUGAUGAGUCUGAUGUACCUUUGUCAGUAGGUCUAAAGAAACGGACUUACUCUUUGGUUGAACCUCACAAUCAAACUAGAGCUUUAGCUGCUUAUCCUCCAAGGUUUCGUGAAGAAGUGAAAGAAGAAGAAGAAGAUAGAGAGAGUGUUGCUUCUUCUGUUGGUAGUUGUUGCAUGGAUACUGAUGGUCUCAGUGCUGUUUCAUUCAAUCCCAUUGAAACCGGUAACUCUAGUGACACAGAGUCAUCGUCUUGUGGCUACGGGAAGGUCAAGAAGUUGGUGGUUCCAAGAAAAGGCUCAGAGGCUGCUGAUGUUCAUAGGUUAGAGCUGGAUGCAUACCGAAGCAGUAUCGAGAGAUUGCACGCAUCCGGACCAAUCAUAACAUGGGAACAAGAAACGUGGAUUACAAAUCUCCGUCUCAAAUUGAACAUUUCGAAUGAGGAACAUCUGAUGCAGAUAAGAAACCUUAUCUCUGACGAUAACAGUACUAUAUACAGAUAGCAGCAGCAGCAGCAUUGAGAACUACAGUUUGUGUUACAUAGAAUAAAAACUGAGUGUAGAUUGUACAAAUGUCAUUUUAUUUUUCAUUCAGGUUUUUUGAUUUAAUUCCAAACUUGUGAAAGAAAAUUUGAUCAUCUUUACUCUUUUAUCUUUGCGUUGGACUUGAGGAAGACUAGCAAUGUAUAUAUGAUUCAUGCCAUGGCCUAAAAGCUAUACAUAAAAAAGGAGAUGAGAAGAUUUGUGU